CAGUGUAGCCCCAGCAGUGCCACCUGUCAGUGCUCAUUAAUGCCACCUGCCAAUGCUCAUCAAUUCCACCAUCUAGUGCCCAUCAGUGCCUCAUCAAUGCCACAUAUCAGUGCCUACCAGUGCAGAUCAAUGCCACAUAUCAGGGCCCAUCUGAGCUGCCUUUUAGUGUCACCUAUCCGUGCCACCUAUCAGUGUCCGUCAGUGCCGCCUAUCAUGCCAGUCAGUGCCGCCUAUCAGUGCCAUAUAUGAGUGCUGUUUUUCAGUGCCCAUCAGUGAUGCCUGUCAAUGCCCAUCAGUGCCACCUACUAAUACCUCCUCAUCAGUGCCCAUUAGUGC